AUGAAAUUUAUAUAUUUAGUCAUUUUAGGAAUAACAAUAGGAGAGAGUCGAAAUUCUUUUUCUUUUUUGUUGAAUCCUAAAGAAAUCUAUAAUAGAACGUUGUAAUUUAAAACAAAUUACUUAGUUAAUUAGAUAAGUCUGAGAUGUGAUGUAAAUUUUAGAGAUAGUAUUAGAAUCUCACUUAUGAUGCUUGGAGAUCUUAAAACUAUACAGGUCUUGAAGUAUCUCCAGAACAACGAAGAACUUUUGAGUGUACAGAUACAAAUUUUACACUUACGGUAUCAAAUGAUUUUAAUUAUGAUGAAAUCGUAAUCUCAGUAUUUGAUGCUUAUUUCAAAAAAGAGAUUGCUAAAUUCAAUUUUUUAUCAGAGAAUUAUAAUGUUCAAUAAAAUACUUUGAGUUAAAACUCAGCAUAAUUAGCGACACUUAAUUAUGUAGAUAAUGACUUUAAAAUAACGGUCUAUAAUUCUUAAUUUAUCUAUAUGGAAAUAAUAAAAUGUUCAAACUCAUAUAGUCAUAUUUCAGUGAAAGGAUAUGACUAAAAUUAUCUUUAUCAUAAUGUGUCUGGAUUAUCUUACAGAACAAAUGUUUAUUAUGAUGUAAUAUCAGGGUAAUAAGGAAACUAUUAUUAUCGAUUAUCAUAGAACUCUUAUUAUUCACCUGAUGUUUUUAUCAAAGUAAAUAAAAUUAAUAUAUUUUAUUAGUAUUAAAUUGCUUCUUAAGUAGAUUUUAAUUACAUAAAAGAAUAUGCAAAUAAAGAUUACUAUGUAUAUGCAUAAGUGAGAUAAGGGAAAAUAAACAUUUAAGUACCUGCUAUUAAAGUAUUAAAAAAUGAAAAUGUGGAAUUCCAUGUUGUAGUGAGUAAUGAUGCUUAUGAAAAUGAUUAUUUAGCAUGUGUCUAAGGUGAUGAAACUCUUUAAAAUUAAUAUGGAACAUCUUAUAUUUCUGAAUUAAGUACUUUCUCUUAAAAUUACAAUUAUGGAAAAUAGGAUAUUCAAGUCAAUUUUCCAAAUUAAGAAUCGGGAUGGUAUAAUGUAAGAAUUACUGCAAUAGUUGAUCAUGGUUCGAUUAAAUAAACUAUACCUUUUGAUAAACUUUUAGUCUAUUAAGAUUAUAUUGUAUUUCCAGAUACAUUAUUAGUUCAUGUUUUAGCUCCUAUCAUUAUUUCUUGUAUAGCUUUGAUAGGUUUAAUUGUUGGAGCAUGUAAAUUUUCAGCUAAAAAGAAAAAGUUACAAUAAUAAGAGUUAUUACAAUUAUAUUAAAAUAACUUAAAUAACAACCUUUAAAUUCAAAGUCAUCCUUAAUAUUGA